CCCCUCCCCUCCCCUAGAUGGCAGGAUAACCAGUAGAUGUUAAAUAUAUUAAAAUAUAAAUUAGAUACACAACAAGUAUACUUGACCAAACCGUUAUUUUGCUGUACAAAAAGAAUCGGACUCUGAAAUAUUGUAAAAUUAGCCUGUGAAGGAAAUCCAAAAUGCAGGCGGACAAAAAUAGAGGGAUUGGGAAUUCUAUGUAAUGGUUCUUAGUCAUCUCCCAGAGUUCUGUCGCUGGGCGUAGCUCGUUCAGUUCAUGACUGCUCCAUUAGAACUGAUUUGUCAAUCAUACAUUUUUAAUUUUCAAAACACCAAUCUUCUGGUGAUGCUUUUUGGGUCCCUAUCAGGGAACACCCCCACCGUUACCAGCCAGUCAAGAAAAAUAUGGAUUAAGAUGCGAGACAAAUGUUUCCAUUUCAGCUUUUGAUCUGGAUUAUAUGGGACCGCUGGGCUUGGAGGCAGGAAAACUCAUCUUCCUGACUUCUAAUCUGCUCUCAGACGCCCACUGGUUGGGUGAUCCUGUCUGCCUCAGUUUCCUCAUCUGUAAAAUGUGCUGGAGUAGGAAGUGGCAAACCACUCCAGUAUCUCUGCCAAGAAAACCCCAAAUGGGGUCAGGAAGUAUCGGCCCAGCUGAAAACACCAGCCAACAACUGUAGGGCGGGUGUGCUGCGCUUGCCCCCUAACUCCGCCCAGCCUCCAGGUUUGGGAUCGAUUUCUCAGGAGCUGCAGUCCUGCUGAUCAUAUUAGUAGGGUUGAUGAGCUUAUGAUGUGAUUACUCUUGCCUUUUCCUUACCCUGUCUCCCCUCCCACUUUUUUUUUUUUUCCUUGCCAUAGCUAUGGUUACCACGUCUCCCCUUUCCGCCUGCUAAGAACGCGACCUUUUAUUGGUUGCUUUCACCGGAGCGAUUGGCUAUUGGCCAUCGGUGAGAUUCGUCGAUCCCCAUCCUUUCCUUUUCCGUUCUUUCCCAGUCCCCGGAGAAGGAGCCCAGGAAGGUUUACUCCUCACCGGCUCUGCCGGCUGGGGAGCGGCCGGGACGGAGCUGCGCCGUUCGCGGGAGGAAACAACGAGUCAUGUCGGCGGCCCAAGGUUGGGACGGAAACCGCCGACGAGGAGGGGGCACCGCGGGGGCUGGAGGCGGCGGCGGCGGCGGCGGUGGCGGCGGGGGUGGGGGCCGUGGAGCGGGGCUGCUCAACCGCUUCGUGAAGCUUUGCGGGCCGCUGCACCUGUCAGGUAAGAAGAAAAUACGAUGGGACGCUGUUAGGAGAUGCUUCAUUCAGUCCUGUCCCAUCCUAAGGAUCCCUAAAAGGUUUUUGAGAGGUCACAGAGCUCCACCGGCACGGAGUGGACAUCGGUGUGUGGCAGAUAAUACCAAUCUGUAUGUAUUUGGAGGUUAUAACCCGGAUUAUGAUGAGUCAGGAGGGCCAGAGAAUGAAGAUUAUCCUCUCUUCAGGGAGCUUUGGAGGUACCACUUUGCUACAGGAAUAUGGCAUCAAAUGAGCACAGAAGGUUACAUGCCCAGAGAGCUGGCAUCUAUGUCACUUGUGCUGCAUGGAAAUAACUUGUUGGUGUUUGGAGGUACUGGCAUUCCCUUUGGUGAGAGCAAUGGCAAUGAUGUCCAUGUCUGCAAUGUGAAAUACAAACGGUGGGCCUUGCUCAGUUGUAGAGGGAAGAAGCCCAAUCGGAUUUAUGGACAGGCAAUGGCUAUUAUAAAUGGCUUUCUCUAUGUCUUUGGAGGAACAACUGGCUAUGUUUACAGUACAGACCUACAUCGGUUAGACCUGAAUACCCGGGAAUGGAUACAGCUAAAACCAAACAACCUAGCUUGUGAUCUGCCAGAAGAGAGGUAUAGACAUGAAAUUGCACAUGAUGGGCAAAGGAUAUACAUCUUGGGAGGUGGGACUUCCUGGACAGCUUAUCCCUUAAAUAAGAUCCAUGCAUACAAUCUUGAAACAAACACAUGGGAGGAAAUUGCAACAAGACCCCAUGAAAAAAUAGGUUUCCCUGCAGCCAGAAGAUGUCACAGUUGUGUACAAAUAAAAAAUGAUGUUUUUGUUUGUGGUGGUUAUAAUGGAGAAGUGAUUUUGGGAGAUGUCUGGAAAUUGAAUCUGCAAACUUUCCAGUGGGUAAAGCUUCCAGCUGUUAUGCCUGAGCCAGUUUAUUUCCACUGUGCAGCUGUUACACCAGCUGGCUGCAUGUACAUUCAUGGAGGAGUGGUGAACAUCCAUGAAAAUAAACGGACUGGGUCAUUAUUUAAGAUGUGGCUGGUGGUACCCAGCCUUCUGGAACUAUCAUGGGAGAAACUGCUUGGGGCCUUCCCUCACUUAGUAAAUCUCUCCCGGACACAACUUCUGCACCUUGGACUCACACAGGGACUCAUUGAGCGGUUGAAAUGAGGGUUUCUGGACUAUUCAUUCACCAUGGAAAUACUAAUUUAAAAGAGACUUCUUUCUCUAUUUAUGGGCAGCGUAGAGUGUGCUACCAAGAGGAUUGAGUACCCUGAUCAAGGCCUUACUCAGAAAAUACAUCAGAUGCCUUUCUGUAAAUUUGUUUUUAAGUUUAUGGAAAUGUGUGAAUUUCCCCUAAAGAUGCUUCUCCCUCCCCUUUUUCCUUAAGUUCCCUCUUGCUGGGAAAUGGUGGGGGAGAGGAGAGGUGGAGUUAGAUUUCAGAAAAUCUCUUUAAAAUAUCAUGAAUCAAGAUAAAAAUAUAGGCUUCUUUUUCAGGAAAAUUCUAAACAUAUAGUCAGCAGUGUUAUGUGUAAUUAUGUAUUACACAUAUAUAUGUGUAAUAUGGGAGGCUAGUGUUCUCCUACUUUAAAACAUCAUCAUCAAAUCCCAGUAGUUCAGGAAACAUGGGAAGGGUGCCUGUUCAGACCUGGUUUUCCCUAAUGCCUCAUUUUAAUAUAUUAUUUGUAAAGAGGUAUUUGAUUGAGUAGAUCUUCGUAACUACAGCAAUUUUUUUGACAUGUUGGUCUACAUAUAGACAGUCCAAAUACAUAUUUUGACUUUGGAUGGAAGGGUAACAAAUAGAUUGUUCACCUGUUUACCCCUUUGCAGGUAGGAAAACAUUGGCUUAUCUAAAAACUUGUAUGUACAUUGUGGAUGUGGAAUAUGCUCUACAUUGUUCUUGAAGAUCAGGGUACCAAGAACAUUCCAGAUAAAAGGCACUAUGGGCCAGACAAAGCCAGAAUGACUUAAAAACACUGGACUGCCUUUUCAGUGUUUUUUCUUCUAAGUGUCUCCUCUCUCUCACCUCAUGGUGAAAUGUGGAUCUAAGCAAACUGCUUAAAAGUCAUAAUGUACUAUUAAGUAGAUCAUGAGGUCCAGGGUCCUGUAGUUUAAAAUGUAUAAGGAUAACCUCCAGCUGUUUCCUUUUUGGAGACUUCAGACUUGGUCUUUGAUCUGAAAUGUGAGCUUUGGCUUUCUUUCAUUUAAAACUUCUUCCAGGCCUCAGAAUUGGUGCCAUUUGCUAUUAGUAAGUAACCUGCUGCUUUUUAGGCUCUGGACUACAAGCCUCUUUUUUUCUCAGGCAAUAGGAUUUUCCCUCUAGAAAGCCAACUGGCAUUUGGUUGUUCCCUUAAAUAGUUCCACUUUUUUUUCUGUUCAUACACACGUUGUGCUCUGAGUCAUACGAUCCUAGUUAAGAGUUGGGAAAAGCCAAAAUCAGUAUGUUAAUCCUUUCAGGGAAACCAAGUGUCAUUUAAAAACCACCAUGGGGGAAGAAUGCAAUUGAAUGUCAUUUUCAUUUUUAUGUGGAAUUUUUAGUCUUGUUUUUUUAAAUUUGAGGAAAUGACUUGAAUUUCUAAUUUGCUUUUUUGUCUAGUCUUUUAGAUAAUAAUUGGAUAGAUCAUAGUCAGGUGGACAUGUAGAUACAGAGUUAAUAAAGGUGCUUAAGAAAUACAGGAAAUGCAGACCAGGUUGUGGCACCUAGGUCUAAUGUAGAUUUGGGACGUGUUUUCCAUUUAAGUGCCUUUUUUUCCCUCCAAUUCUUAAAAAUAAUUUUAUCUUCACUAUAAAAACUGCUUGAGGAUGUAUGUAUUUUAAAAUAGUCUCUGAGUUAAAUUAAAAGCAUCUAAUAUCUAGGAAAAAAAGUAGAGAGCUUUGUGGAGUGUAGAACUGUAUACUGUUUUAACCCAUCUUUCAAGCCUUUUCAUAACAUAUCUCAUUUGGCUGUUGUGAAGACUUAGAUUUUUUUUUUUUUUUGUUCUAUAGUAGUUUGGGAUAACUGUUUGGGCUUUAAUUUUAGAGAUAUUAACCUUUUAAUGUAGGGUACCCUAAAAGAAAGAGGUAACUAUAUAGUAGGUCUUGCCCUUUUCUAUGCUUUUCUACUAAUAGUUGCCUUUUAUAGUUUGUUAUUGUAGUUGCUUCAUUUAAAAGAACUAUUUCCCUGUCUUGGCUAGUCAGAUAAAUCCAUUUUUAGUUCAGAGGAAGCAGCUCUGUGGCAACCUGCUAGCCCGAGCAGGUGGGAUGAGACGAUAUUUCUAUUUAGGCCAAAGAAUGAUCCUUCAGCUUCCAACCUUUUGAUUCUGUAGAUGUAACCAACAACUACUCUAGAAAACUGGAUAGAGAAGUCUGGUUCAGUCUUGAUUUGUUCUCAUUUGUAAGCCUUCUUUUGGCAGACCCUUUGAUAGUACCAGAAACCAGAAGAAAAGCAGCACUUUCCUCUGUCUUUUUUGCUUCAAAGUAGGCUUGUUGACUGCAGCAGUCUAUACCUGGCUUCCUUGUAAAAAGGAUCCCUUCCAUCCCUUGGUCAGUUCUAAUCAACAGUAGUGGAAGAUUGUGUGUAACUAGAUCUCUGGAAAUGCUGUCUAAUUAAAUACACAAUUCUUGCUAAUGAUAGGUCAUGCUUAUAUAUUUAAGAGACAUGAAGUGCUUUCUUUACCACAACCCUGUGAAAGUACUUGAUUUAUUAUUGUCCCUGUUUCAUAGAUUAAAGGGGCUGAUUUGAAGUGGCUGGCUAAAUAGUCCCAAGGAUAUGGGAGCCACAAAUCAAGCACAUCUUUUCUGACUGCAUGUCAGAAGACUUUGCCGUCUGUGUUUUUUUCACAUUUGUUUUUGUUCACAGCUGUUUUUCAAUUGUGUCCGACUCUGUGACCCGAUUUGGGGUUUUCUUGGUGAAGAUACUGGAAUUGUUUGCCAUUUCCUUUUCCAGCUCAUUUUACAGAUGAGGAAACUGAGGCAAGCUGGGUUAAGUGACUUGUCCAGAGUCACACAGUAAAUGUCUGAGGCCAGAUUUGAACUCAGGUCUUUCUGACUCCAGGCCUGGUGCUCUUAUCCACUGAGCCCAUGUGUAUAGUAUGUGUUUUAAGUGAUCUUAUUGGAAUUAAUUUAAUAAUUUGCAAAGAAUUUCAUUAUAUAAUUAACCAGCAAAAUCACCUUGACUUUAGUGCCUAUUGCAUGGAAGCAUAUGUCUGCUUCUUCUCUGCCUCUUUCAGAUACCCUUCACAAUGUCUUAUUUGCCAUCUACAAAUUUAAGUGCAAUAAUACAUAUAUUUAUUUACAUAUGACAUGAUAUAAAGAUAAGGGCACAUACAUAGACGUGUGUGUGUGGGUACAAUUGCUUUUUAGUACUUCAAAAGAUCUUAAAUGUCAUUGUUAUUGAGUACCAUCUCCUUUUGCUCCAGAUGAAAAUCUCAUAGUUGACAGUCUUCAUGAAUUGCUGAGGCCACGAAGAUUCACCCAGUGGCCUCUUCUGGUGAUGAACUUCUACAAACUUAGGCAGAAUGGUCUUUGAGUGGUAUGAGUCUGUGAUCCACGAAAAGUCUUUUCACCUUGGUGUAAGCUUAAAUCUCCAUGCUCCUACACGGCAUUGGAGGAGGACUUGGACAUGGGUUAUCAAGAUGUAGAAUGUAAGUGUGACAAAUAUAUGUGGCUUAGGGAAAUUAAUCCAUUAUUUUAUAAUCACACAUCAUAUACAUUCACUCAGAAUUUUAGCUGAACUGCUUGGUUUAGGCCAAUUUUUUGGCAAAACAAAUUUUCAAUUCUGGUCUUAGAAUCUGGGUUGGGGGUUUGGCUUCAGGCCCUAAUUUUUGGUGGCAUAUGAUAGUAGGAAUGUCUUGUUUGAAAUUAUUUUGUUGUGUUGUCUAUUUGCACAUCUAUCUUUGCCUCAACAGUAAAAUAUCAACUUAAUAUUUACAGAAUGCUUUAAAAUUAAGGCACCUAACUUAUUUCUCAUUUAGAAUCAGUCUUCUCUUCCUAGGAACAAAGGAUUCAUCUAUCUGUGGAGGAAUCUGAAUUUACUUUGUAGUUUAUCUGUGAAUAGGAAGAUGACUGUUUUAACGUUAAUCUGUAAAUGGGAAGAUGCUAUUUUAAUGACGUAUUUUCUAAAUCCUUUAAAAAUUAUAAGUCUAUUACAAGACUGGAAAUUAAAUAAUUAUUCUUCAGAGGCUAAAGGGAAACCUUUUUCUUUGGGAGAUCAGUUUUCUAGUGAUGUAAAUUUGAAAAUCUAUUAAUUUGCAUUGAUAAUACAGCUAAAAAAAAAAAAAAGAGAAAUGUCAUUGGUUACCAUAUAUAUGAGUGAGAUGGAGCUUUCUCAAGCAAAGUGUCUAUUUGGAAUGCAAAGCUAUUAGUAAUGGCAGUGGAAACAGCCUGAAACACUAAAUCCUUUUCUAAUCAAUAUUUUUGAAUUUUCUGAAACGUAUUUUCAGUUUUACCAAUGGCCCAUAGCCCUAUUUUUUCAGGAAAAGGGCUAAUAAGUGUUUAAUUGUAGGGGAAGAAUGAGCAGAAAUGUCUGGGUUCCAUUGGAUAAACAAUUAAGAAUAAUCAGACUAAUUAUAAUUGGUAAGUCAGCCUUUUUUCCUUUUGACUUGAUGCUGUAGCCCUUGGUUCUCUUUCAAACAUGUGAAAUAUUCACUUCAUUGUCUUCAUUUUAGUUUUCUUCCCACUUCUGUAACUUCUGGAGUUCUUUAUGAUCCUUAUGUUGCCCAGAUAGGAAGAAAUUUAAAGAGUGAUUUUCAGACACAGACCUGCUUUAUUAUAGAUGUUCUCUCCUCCCCUAUAACCACCAAAGAAUUCCUAUCACCUAAGGAAAAGGAGAUUGGUAUAUGGUACAAGGGAGAACAUUAUUUAACAGGUAAGGUAUACUUUGACUUUUUGCAAGUAUUUAUGUCACCACUAAAGUUGGAGUCCCCAUUUACUCUUUUGAGCAUUUAUUUAUUUGGCUGCAGUUUUAGAAACAGGUAAGGAAAAAUUGGUACUUAAUCAGUUCUUUAAACAAAAUGGGCUUGCUUUACCAUGUUUACACAAGUUAAAGAAGUAUAGCUUAUAGGAUCCUGAACUAAUGCAAAAGGCCCUCUUUUCAACAGUUCUGCUAUUGAAUAUUAUAUAUAUAUAUGUAUGUAUGUAUAUUUUUUUUGCUUUAAGGGGGCUGAGGGAAGGAGAUAAAGGUUUGAAUUCCAGGGAUCAUGAACUCCAGAAAGCAAAUUCUUGUCCAGGUUAUAUUAGUUUUAUCUUGCUUCCUCAUAUCAGGAAGAUCAUGGGCCUCUUAGCUGGAAAAGUUAGAAAUUGGAGUCAGUGUUGAAUCAUGCUUAAGAUAUGAAGGUAACUCCCUUAGUAAUCUGAAAUUGGAAUAAAAUCAACUUGUUUUUUGAGAUUUAUAAUAACAAAAAGUACUCGUGGCUCUUUUUUAAAGCAUGAACUUAGACCCUGUAUAAUCAGGGCAGGAUGUAAACCCAGAGGUUUUCAGAUUUCAUAGCAAUAUCCGUCCUUAUGAAAAGUCACCACUUGACCAUUUGAAAUGAUUGCUGUAUUGUCCAGCUGUCUUCUUAAUAUUCAAAGGAAGAAACAAAAGAACAUUUUAACUUCUGAAAGGUGGGAGUGUUGGUAAAUAACUGUGAUAUAUAUACCAGGAAACACUAAUCAAGAAACUUUAAUGCAGUUCUAAAGAAUGAACUUUGGGCCAUAUACUGUUGCCUUGCCCUGUGGCUAUGUAGUUCAGUCCUGUUAGAUUGCUCCAGGUAUCUCUUUGAAGUCUGGUGUGCAUGAAACAGAACAGUUUUUCCAUCCUGCCUGGUUUUCUAUGUACAGUAGAGAGCAUAGAGAAGUUGCCUAGUAUAUCCACUUUGUAUUCAUGUACCUUGUCAGUGUUUUGCUGUUUGUUUUCUAAAGAGAUCUGCUCAAUAAACCUGUUCAAAAUCA